CCAUAGACUAAAUAAUAUAUAUAGACUGCGCAUUGUGGCUGCAGACGGCUUUGCACACCUGAGAAAGAGACAACAUGCUUACGUAGUAGCUCUUUCUCUGUCUAUCUAUCGUUCCUCUACUCUUUUGUUUACCCCCACUACUUCAUUUCGACAAAGAUAAAGAUACGGUCCCACACCAGCUAUCUCUUUCUAAAGUUGGCGCAUGUUUUCACGCGAGUGAAGUAGGGAACGCGCAGUCUAUAUAUACUAUGUCUAUGGUUGGCAUCGAUCGCCACUGUUGUCAUACGUGUUUACGACGUCCCACGUGGAGAGAUAGAAAUUUUCAAAUCGAAUAAAUAAAUAACUGGCCAGAUAAUUCCCGAGUUGCAAGGAUGAGCCAAUUAUCGGAGGAAAAGACGAAGCUCGUACUCGAGAAGCUGACGAAAUACAUUGGCGCGAACGUGAAGAUUCUGAUCGACCGACCGGACGGCAUAUAUUGCUUUCGGGAGAGAAAGAACUGGGUGUACUAUGUGUCGGAGAAGGUUUUACCUCUGGCGAACACCGUGGGACCCGAUCACUUGCUGUGCAUAGGCACCUGCUUCGGCAAAUUCACCAAGUCGGGCAAGUUCAAGCUCGGCAUCACCGCGUUGCAUCACUUGGCGCCUUACGCACAGCACAAAAUUUGGGUGAAACCCUCGGCGGAGCAACAGUUCCUGUACGGGCAUCACAUUAUGAAAUCUGGUCUGGCUCGCAUAACGGAAGGUACCUCGCAGUAUCAAGGCAUCGUCGUGUUUUCUAUGAAUGAUUUACCACUGGGAUUUGGUAUUGCUGCGAAGAGUACGACCGAUUGCAAACAUGCAGAUCCUACAGCGAUUAUUUGCUUUCACCAAGCGGACAUUGGGGAGUACAUUCGUUCAGAAGACAUAAUAUCUUAAUAGAUCAAAUUUAGAAUUGUUGUAUCGCCAGUAAAUAAAACCAAAAAUACUCAAGGAUUGGAUCGACCAAGGCUGGCAGUUUUAUUUAAGUUUACAUUUUACUACGACGUUUCGGUCAGUAAUACUGGUCCUUAUCAAGUGGAUCCUAUUGCUUGUGACAACGAAGCAUCUACAAAUCAAUAUCUUAGUCAAAAUAUACAACGGUAAUAAAUUGUAAAAUAUAAAAAUAUAAAGCGGUAAUAAAUUAUAAAAGGAACUACGAAUAAAUCUCUUAGUCAUAAUAUAAAACGAUAAUAAAUUAUAAAAGAACUUACAGGAAAAUAUAAAAUUAGGCUAAUCGUUAUCGCACAUAGAAAUGUACAUCUUCUCACGUGUCGUGUCACCAAGAGAUUACCGUUGUAUAUUUUGACUAAGAUAUUGAUUUGUAGAUGCUUCGUUGUCGCAAGCAAUAGGAUCCACUUGAUAAGGACCAGUAUUACUGGCCGAAACGUCGUGGUAAAAUGUAAACUUAAAUAAAACUGCCAGCCUUGGUCGAUCUAAUCCUUGAGUAUUUUUGAUUUUAAUAGAUAUUUAGGUGCCUAUGCUUCUGUUUUAAGGAGACGAAAUGUAUAUCUAACUGGUACAAAACAUUCGAUGUCUUUGUGCCUUACAACUUGCACUCUCCGUGCAUGAUUCAUGUGAUCUUAUAACUAAACGCAUACAUGUGCCGAA